AGCUGGAAAAGGGCACAAUUCGUGCUCUGGAAUUUUUCUGUUUGGUCAUAAGGAGGACCAGGACAUGCCCUAGCUAAAAGCACUACAGAGUUCUUAUUGGUCGUAGAAGAAGAAAAGAAGAAGGAAAGGAAAAAAAAGAAAAAAGAAAAGAAAAGAAAAGAAAGCUCCUCUGGGUAUGGCGACCACAUGUGUUCUACCCUUCAAUGGUUCUUCACUUUUGUCUCUCAAAUGCUCAUCUUUUCCAUCUCACAGUAGCUCCGCAACACUUUACAAACGGUUGGCUAAGAAUGGGUUUGCAAUCUCCAAGAUGUCAACAAAACUCCAAGCCCUUAUUAAAAAAUCUCAGAAUCCUUUCAAUGGUCCAUUAUUUCUCGACCAUCACAACCACCAACCUCAUCUGUCUCUUUCACUAUCUUAUAUAACACACUCAAGAUCCACUAUUGUUGUACUUGCAAAUACCACUCCACCUACCACCACCAUGGAUACACAAAACUUAAGCAACGAAGUAGCCCAUGACUUCUCUCCCUACCUCAAAAUAUUCAAAGAUGGUCGAAUAGAGCGAAUUGCAGGCAUCGAUACCGUCCCUCCUUCUUUGGACCCAACUACGGGAGUCGAUUCCAAAGACGUCGUCAUCUCACCGGACAAUGACGUCUCCGCUCGGCUUUACAUCCCCAAAACCAUCACCACCACCACUGACAAAAGGCUUCCUCUCUUGGUUUACUUUCAUGGCGGGGCUUUCUGCAUCGAAACGCCGUUCUCUCGCAAUUACCACAACUUCGUCAUCAACUUAGUUGCUGAAGCUAACGUCGUUGCAAUCUCCGUCCAUUACCGGAGAGCACCGGAGCAUCCUCUACCCAUUGCGUACGAAGAUUCUUGGGAAUCCAUCAAAUGGGUUGUUUCCCAUUUCGAUGGAAAAGGUCCCCAAGACUGGCUCAACUCUUAUGUCGAUUAUCAGAGGGUGUUCUUUGGCGGAGACAGCGCCGGAGCUAACAUUGCGCACCAUAUGGCUUUACGGGUCGGUUCGGACGGGUUGGGAGGUCCGAAGCUGGUCGGAAUCGCUCUGAUUCAUCCAUAUUUCUGGGGAUCGACGCCGAUCGGGUCGGAGUCGACGCAGGUCGAAAAGAGAAGGAUGGCUGGAGGGAUAUGGAUGUUUGCAUGCCCGACAACAAGCGGGUUGGAUGACCCGUUGAUAAACCCGGAUAAGGAUCCGAAUCUUGGGAAGUUGGGUGGGGAGAGAGUUCUGGUAUGUGUGGCUGAGAAGGACGUGUUGAAAGAUAGGGGUUGGUAUUACGGUGAGUUGCUGAAGAGGAAUGGGUGGGGUGGGACCGUUGAGGUGGACGAAGCUAAAGAUGAAGAGCACGUUUACCACAUGUUUAAACCCACUUGUGAAAAUGCUCUGGCUAUGAUCAAGAAAAUUGCUUCCUUUAUCAAUCAGGAUGACGAUCAGGUAUGAAGAACGACAACAAUAACGAAUUCAGAAUAAUUUUUAAAAAAGAAAAAAAAAAAAAAAGAGCUUAUAUUUACUAUCCCAGAUGUCUCUAUUUUAUUCCUUUGUUUGGAAAUUGCGUUUGUGUGCGUGUAUGGGUGUUUGUGUAGCUUUGGUGGGGGUAUAAAAAGAUUUAUAUGUAUUCGAAGAAUCUUGGAUCCCUACAGAAAAUAAAGUUUUUAAAUUCUGUUUGGUGUAGUGGAAAACUGGAGAUUGGUUUCCUGUACUGCGCAAAUGAGCAGAGUGUAUGUUUGUUGAAUUGUAUUGGUGUUUCCAAGCAAAUGAUCAUUUUUAUUGAUUAUUAAGUACUA